GUGGCCUGUGUGUGCAGACGGAUUUAAGAAGCUUUAAUUGAUAAUGAAGAGACACGUGUGUCGUUUCAUAGUUCACCGUGCAACCAAAUAUCAGAUCGUAGUCAGGCGUUAGGCGCCAGUGAUCAUGGGCUUCCCAACGUUUGAUUCCAGUAAGGGAUUGCCACCGAUUCGUGAAACCGGUAAAAAAAAAUUCGAGUUCUGGAAUAUCGCAAUUGUGGCUCUGAUGACCAUCGCCAUUGGUCUUCUUCUCACGACUUACGUGUUGGCCGGAUUUUCAACGAGGAAAAAAUCGGUCCAGGAUAUUAACGUGGCAAGCGAAAUCUCUGAUCUUCACUUCGCCCAGAAUACCAGCGACGAAAAUCGCACCAUCAUAAGUCAGAGGCUCCUGCCCAUGGCUCAAACAUACUGCAGGAUAAGGAGCAACUGCGUUGUGACCUGUUCACGAAUCCCAGCUACUUUAAGCCCAGGAAUUAUCGCCACUAUAUUUUUGGAAUCCGAAUACAAGAGACGAUGCGCAGACAAGGAGUUCGUCGAGGAGUUGGUGUUCGAUAACUGCAGGUUUCCGGCCAAUGAACUGAGCUCCGAAUGGUUACCGAUAAAGUUUCGGUUAAAAAAAUUGACCCUGAGGCGUUGCGCACUGACGGCAAUCGACAUGGACGCGUUUAGCUCGGAGCCUUUCCAGGAUCUUCGAGGCUUGGCCAUGGUCGGUAACCGGAUAAACGUCCUCAAAAAGUCGUUGUUCGAUGGUCUGACGGGCCUUGAAAAGUUAUCGAUAGUGGAUAACAACAUUGGACUACCAGAUGCGGAGUUGCUGGUCGGAACGGCGAACUCUCUGCGGGUUCUUCAGCUGGACAACGCGGUUCGAGGGGAAAGCACCCUGACGAAGGUAAUCGGUAGUCGACCACUUCGCAGGGUCAUCGUAUUAUCGUUGACCAGAAAUCGUCUGCCAAGAUUGUCCAGGAACAUCUUCAAAAGCGUUCCAAACGCGCAGUCGAUCUACCUUACCAACUCGGGUGUAUCGAGGAUCGAUCCAGAUGCUUUCGAUCCUUUCUCCAGGAGCAUCCGGCAGCUUUUUCUCGCCGGAAACGACCUCACCUCUCUUCCAAGAAACGUCUUCAGCCGUAUCCUGAGGUCGAAUCCCAACUUCAGAAUCGCUCUCGCCAAUAACGAUUGGAACUGCAGUUGUGGUCUGGAGUGGCUUAAGAACCUGACCAACAUCCUGAUCGACGUUCCACGGUGCUCCAGUCCAGAACACAACGCGAUGCUUCCGUUCACGCAAGCCAACUUCUGCGAACCAUCCGACAGACCUUCCACCGUGACUUCAGACUCCACCGUGAAACCGAUAAUCGGUCAUCCCGAGUCGUCGACGUUGAACUGCGACGAGAAGGAGCAAGGAACCAGCACGAUAUCGACUCGGAGACUCCUCUCCACGCAAGAAUUCAUCGUGAGAACAGGAUCCUCGGGAUCCUUCUUCUUCCUCAACCAGGGGAUAAACGGUUCGGUUCACGUUCUCGUGGAAUCUGAAUCUAAAUCGUACACUUUGAUUUGGUUCGUCAAAGACCUUGUGAACACCGAUUCGCAAGGUAUGAAGUGCCUAACGAACGUCGUGGGUUCGGCAACGCUGACGGAGCUGCAACCUGGACUGGUUUACAUCGUCUGUUUACUGGACACGAAUACCGGAGACCUUACCUCGCCUUUUAACUGCCAAUCGAUCCAGACGCCGAGCAAAGAGUCCGGAAGGUUGUGGCUAACGGCUGAAGCCAAGACGCCGAUUAUCGGUGGUCUCACGGUGGUCUUGAUAGUGGUCUGCGUUUCCGGAGCUAUGGGUUCCUACUACAUCAUACGUCGUAACCCGCGGCUCCUGAAGGGCAGCAAACGCAUCAUUAUGGUGAACCAUAAAGCAGCGGAUGCCAUCGUGUUGCCAGCGGAUUUCCGGCUGGAUGCCUUGAGCAAUACCAGUUCUUUUGCCCAGGAACCGGUGGUACCGUCAACAUCGAGUUCGCGCAGAAGUACCACCAGCUACGUAUCCGGAAUUCAACCAACCAGAACUCAGCUCAUGUCCUGGAGGAUGGGAAGGAUCAGGGAGAUUCUGGCGUGCGAAAACCCUGACGAUUGCAACGCCGAUAUCCCACCGCCUCUUCCACCCCCUCGCAAGAAUUCGGUGGUUCCAUCCCUUUUUCUCAGCCUUGAAGAAGCUGGAACCGAUAUCCAGGUACGCAGAGGAUCGACGUCCGAAUGA